AUGACGACUUUACUAGGAAAUGACAAGGAGAAACUCUCUCGUUUAAGCUCCGAUCCGACGCUUCUAAGUGGAUUUGUCGGACAGCUCUCUUCGUCGGACGACGUGUCUAUUCUCGGGAACUCCGCCGUCGUUUUGACCGCUUUUGUUCGUCUAGGCCGAACGUGCCGCCUUGAGUUCCCGUUUUCGGAGCAGCAAUUGGCGUCUCUCUUGAUUUCCACGGCGGUCCGCCAUCCCAUUGAGCUCACAGCCUGCAAUUUGGCUGCUCUCGCGGAGUUACUUGUGUCUGGAAACCUUGCCGCCAUCACCGCCUCCGACGACCUUGACAAGUUGCUCCGCCGCGUCCUCGGCCGCCGCCAUUCAACACCCGCCGAACUUCGCCAUGCGUGCAUAGUGCUAAUUCAUCUGAGAGACGAUCCCGUGGCCGCUGCCGCCGCCGCCGACACCACCAAGGCGGCAUACUCCAGGGACAUUCUUCUCUUCCGCCCGUUGAUGCGGCGAAUCGCCUGGGAAAUCGCUCCGUUUUUUAAAACCAUUUACAGUUCAAAUGCCGCCCGCUUGGACACUGACACAGAAAUUGACACCGACAUUUCGGACGCCGCCAGUAUCUCAACUAGUCGUGCCUCGCUGCUUCCGCCCGCUUUUACCCUGCGGCCCCAGGAAGCUGACGAUGCCGCGCGACACUUGACUCCGCUGCUCCAAGCAUUAGCGCACUUGUUACCGCGCAUUCACGCGCAGGUUUCGGCUCCGCCCGCGCUGCCGCCACCACUCCACUACACCUUGUGUGCGUUUCUUCGGUCUCCAAACGCCGCCUUACGUCUCGCCGCCGCCACCGUUCUCGCCUAUUAUACCAAAGACUUUGAAUCGCUUCCCUCAAUGAGAGCGCCGACGUAUGCCAAGGUGAUCCCCGCCCUCAUUGAGCUGGCGGACACUCUCGAAAGCACUGCGGGUACCCCCGCCGUUACUCCGUCGCCGAUGCGUGUCUUGGCGGUGGUCGCACAGGAAUAUCCGCCGGCCUGCUCACAACUCUUCGGUGUCAAUUUUGCCGACCGCGCCGCCUCAAUCGUGGCCGAAACAUACGCUCCCGCCGCCGAAUUCAUGUCUGCCGCUACGGUGCACCGCUUAUCGGAUGCUCUACUGGUUCUCAGCUGUGUAUGCAGUGUUAACGAUGCUCACCGCGAUAUCGUCGCCCAGUAUGAUCUCCGCGGUGUUCUGUGCGGGCCGAUCGCCCGCCACACCGCACUAUGUGAAGAUUUGGCCAAGACCCCCGAAAUCCGCGACGCCAGUUCGGCAUCUGCUCUUCGCUCUCUCCGCUCACUCCGCCUUUCCAAUGAACUUACGCUGGCAGCCUGCUACUUGAUUCGGGCAUUGUCGCGGUCCGCCAGCAUGCUCCGCACGUUCCUCGUAGAUCUGGAUCCUGUAAACCUACUCGUGAAUUUGGCCGCCGCCCCAGUUCCCGACGUGGCGGCGUGCGACACUGACUUGGCGGAGAACGAGGUGGUUUUGCGGAGCGUCGUUCUUGGAAUCAUGGCCAAUUUGGUGGUUGAGUUUAGCGCCGUCAGAGAGAAGUUUAUGGAAGUGGAUUUGUACGGCUUGUUGCUGCGGUAUAUCGGCGGCGAAACCAAUGCCGAGGACCGCACCGCCCGCAGCCCCCGCGGUGCCAAUAGUCGCGGAGCAACUCUUCUCCGCAUCAGCGCUCUUCAAGUCAUCCGCAAUUCCCUUUACUCCGACGACUCUCUUUUCAAGCAGAAGUUCGCUUCGGGCUCCGCUCUCAACCAGAUAUUCGAGCUCUGCGAAGACCCCUCCGACAAGGUGCAGCAGCAGUGCUUCAACAUCCUCCGAAACAUCUCCGUCACAUCGUUCACCAACUCCGCCCACCUCUACGAUGCCUAUGCGGCGUCGGCGGCCCGCCGCCUAACGAACGACGACUCUUUUUUGGAGUUUCUACUCCGCCAUUUGGAUGCCGCCCAUAGUUCCGACACCGUCAUCGCCAUCAACUAUAUUUUAGUUCAUUUCGCUUCGUCAACUUUGCAGAGCAAGUUGCUUCUUACCCAGAACGACGCUUUGCUCCGCAAGUUGCUUGAGUUGCUUAAAGAGCCGAUCCGCAAGUCGGUGUCGGCCGCCGCGGAAGAGAAGUUAUGGAAAGUGAAGUUGAGUAUAGUUUGGAUUGUUACGAAUUUGACGUGGCGGGAGGAGACGUCGGUGUCGGAUAGUGAGGAAGAUGUUGCGGUGACGGCAAGGGCCGCCAACACCGCCGAUGCCGCCGAUGUGCUAGGCUCCUCCGACAACGCCGCAGAUGCCGCAGCAGCUCACGAAGAUUCCGCAAUGGAUGUAGAUUUCGGUGCAAUAACCGCUCCGCAAACCGCCGCCAUUUCCUCUGUAGCCGCCACCUCCGACUACAGGAAGACCCGCAACAGAGCCCGCAAGCUAAUUGAUCUCGGCUUCUACAAUGCCAUUAAGCAGCUCAAUAAUACUUGCCAGAUCUCCGACUUCAAAGAACGCGCAAGAACCGCCAUCUUCCAGUUGGUCUUCCACGAUAAUUCAAAGCGGUGA